AAAGAAAGAAAAAGUUGCAGGUAAUUUUAAAGCUCGCAAAUCACAAUAAUGAAUAAAGAAAGUGUUUCAGUAUCAUCGCUCUUCUCCCUGCCCCAAUUAAAUAUUACUCCAUUUCAGCCACUGCUCAGUGCUCUUCUCUCAGUCUAUUUAGCCUGCGGUGUAAUGACAAAGAGCUGAAGAGGAGAAUCGGCAAUGGCGGAGCUAGGGUUUCGGGAUCAGGCUUCGGGCUUCAGGGCCCGGGAUGUGAGCCCGGACUCCGUCAUCUUCACCGCUGACUCCAAUUUGAGCCUCUUCUCCUCUGCUUCCGCCAGUGUUGACCGCUGCUCCUUCGCAUCUGACGCUCACGACCACGAAGAUUCCAGCUUUUCUGAUACUUCUCAGCCGCAUUUGGCUGGACAUGAAUUCCAUGAUGCUUCGCAUGGCAGAGCUUCAGAUUGUAAAACCCCCGCUGUUCACCUUAGCAGAAAAGAAAAGGCAAAAGUUCAGAUAGCAGACAACAGCGAGAUUGAGACGGAGGAUGAAAAUCUAGCUGUAGAUUCUGCAAGAAACUCCUUCUCUCAAGCUCUUAAAGAAUGUCAAGAUAGGAGGUCUAGAUCUGGAGUUCCACUCAAGAAACCAGAUAGGCGAAGGCCUGCUUCGCUAGAUCUGAACAACUCUGUGACCAAUGCUGCAAACUCCACAUCACCACAAUUUGGAGUUAUGAAAAAGGUGUAUGUCACUACUUCUCGUGGUGGUGCAUUUCCUAGUCCAGGAACUCCCAACUACCGCUAUUCGAGUAUGGGUAUUCAGAAGGGCUGGAGUUCAGAGCGGGUGCCAUUGCAUUCCAGUGCUAGUAGGAGGCAAUUGAAUAAUGCAUUGCUGCCUUAUAAUAAUGGAAGGACUUUACCUUCCAAGUGGGAGGAUGCAGAGCGGUGGAUCUUUAGUCCUGUAUCUGGAGACGGUGCAAUGAGGACUUCAUUGCAGCAGCCACAAAGGCGGCCCAAAUCCAAGAGUGGACCACUUGGGCCUCCUGGGGCUGCAUACAAUUCGUUAUAUUCUCCAGCGCUUCCUGUGUCGAAAGGAGAAAAUAACAUAAAUUUAUUAGCAAGCUCUCCUUUUUCCACUGGAGUGAUGGUAGCCAAUGGUUUAUCUAUUCAUUGUGGAGGUCAUGGAGUUGGUGAAAACUUUCCUGCUUGUACAGAGCCGUGCAUGGCAAGGUCAAUUAGUAUUCAUGGAUUUUCUGAACUGAUCAGCUUGGCCUCGUUGCCCGCUGCCCAAGAUGAGGGCAACAAUGAUAAUGAUGCAGCCAGCAAUAUAUCUCGUGUUGUUUCAAGGAGGGAUAUGGCAACUCAAAUGAGCCCAGAGACUAGUCCUCAGUCAUCUUCCUCUCCCCCAGUACCAUCUGUAUUACCAAUUGUGGAAGUGUCGGGUGUCCAUUCCUCUAAAUCAGAAGUCAGGGAUGUUCCAGUUGAUGAGAGGGUUACUGUAACAAGGUGGUCAAAGAAACACAGGUCUCGAAUCCCUGGGAGGAGCUGGGGAAGUAUUGAUGACUGGAGAAGGAAAGCUGUAGAAAUACGGUCUUCUAGCUGGGAAGUUUCAGAAACAACAAAGUCUAUUUCCAAGAUCAAGAGGGAAGAAGCCAGAAUAACCGCGUGGGAGAACCUUCAAAAGGCAAAAGCUGAGGCAGCAAUCCGGAAACUUGAGAUGAAGCUGGAGAAAAAGAGAUCAUCCUCCAUGGACAAGAUAAUGAACAAAUUGAGAUCUGCACAGAAAAAGGCACAAGAAAUGAGAAGCUCAGUGCUGGCUAGCCAGGGUCAUGAAGCUACGAGGAAUCCCCAGAGAGCCUUAUCCUUUCGCAGGACUCGCCAAAUCAGCUCCUUGAGUGGCUGUUUUACAUGCCAUGCGUUUUAGUUCUGAGGAUGAUAUAACUGGUUGUUGAAGACUUGAUGCCUUGAUUGUUGCGUAACUUGUUUAGGUCAGUGUUUCUGUGUUGCAUUCUGAUUCUCUCUGUUAACCUUGAGGGUUCAACUUUGUUCAUAUGUGAUUAUAUGAUGUCUAACCAUAUCAAGUCACUCUGCCACGAUUGAUCAUGUAAACUAUGUAAUUGAUAGUACAUUGUAUUAGAUUUCCGAUUUUGCUUGUGAGUUCACUCUCGUAUCUGCAAUGCAAUUAUGCUUCUUGGCUUUGUAUCCA